AUGCCCUCUCUAGCUCAGACUUUGACCUUAGUAGUAGCUGCUGCUAGCUUAUCGUUGGCUCUUCCGGCCGCUGAAAAGCCAGGGGUAGCAAAUAAGCGAGCCGAGCUAUAUCCUGCUCCUGACCUUGGACGCAUCAAGGUUGAAGACACUGAAAAGCGAUCUGAACUCUACCCUCUUCCCGACCUUGGACGCAUCAAGGUUGAAGACACUGAAAAGCGCUCUGAGCUCUACCCCCUUCCUGAUCUUGGACGCAUCAAAGUGGAGGACAUCGAUGAGCGAUCUGAACUCUACCCCUAUCCUGACCUAGGACGUAUCAAGGUUGAAGACACUGAGAAGCGCUCUGAGCUUUACCCUCUUCCCGACCUUGGACGCAUCAAGGUUGAAGACACUGAAAAGCGAUCUGAACUCUACCCUUAUCCUGACCUUGGACGCAUCAAGGUUGAGGAUAUUGAGUGA